GUUUCCAAGUUUCAUCACAUGCACUAUUUAUAAGACUAUGAUCAUGCUCUUUCUAUUAACACCACCCCAAUAUUUGAGCAUAAUAAUUAAGGUUUGUGCUAGCUAGAUCUUGUUUUGUUUGUUAAAAUGGAGGGUGAGAGUAAGGCCAUUAAUAUUGAUGGGGUAGAAGGGAAUUAUGAAAGAGAUCAUCAUGAAUUGGCAACGAUAAAACCUACUACUGCUGGUGGUUCUUGGGAAUUGGUUCUUAGGCUUUUGGCUUUUGUUCUCACCAUUGCUGCUGCUAUUGUUAUUGGGUUGGAUAAGCAGUCCAAAGUUGUUCCCAUCAAACUUGUAGAUUCAUUGCCUCCUUUGAAUAUUGAUGUUUAUGCUAAGUGGCAUUACCUCUCUGCCUUUGUCUACUUUCUGGUGGCAAAUGUAAUAGCAUGCACAUAUGGAGCUAUCUCUAUGCUACUUACCUUCCUAAAUAGAGGUAAAAGGAAAGUGUUAUUGGGAAAAUUGGUCACUUUACUUGACGCAUUGAUGGUGGCUUUGUUAUUUUCCGGCAUCGGUGCCGCGGGUGCAAUUGGUCUCCUUGGCUACCAAGGAAACUCUCAUGUAAGAUGGAACAAAGUGUGUAAUGUCUUUGAUAAGUUUUGUCACCAAGUGGCUGCCUCCAUUAUUCUGUCUCUCCUUGGAUCACUAGCAUUCCUCUUGCUAAUAGUGCUUCUUCCCAUCUUGAGGUUUCAUCGGAGAACUUAGUCAAAAAUAAUUAAAUACGAUCAUAAUGUUGAUUUUCCACAAAGAUACUAUUCAAUUUGCAUUGUAAUAUGUGUGCCAAUUUUGGCAUGAUUAGACAUCACCUCAACUCAUAUUGUCUAUGACACUUGUUUAGAAUCUAGAACAGAAUAAUACCUCUCUAGCAGAGGCUAAGGGAUUAAAGAAUAUACUAACCCUUAUGCGUGGUAUAGGCCCUCCUUCUAGCGUAGUAAUUUUCAUUUUUUUGAAGUAAUGUGAGAUUUUUUAGUAUUGUGAUACUUUGACUCAACAUGAGAAAACUAUUUAUCUCUGCAUAAAUUUCACGAACCAUUGCAGCAAAAUAUACAGCAGAAUGAGAAUCAAUCUCAAUCUGAUAAUUGACAUUAGA